AUGAAAUUAGUCGCAAUGGUUUUAGCAAAGAGAAAGGGUGAUCUUAUUGAGAUUGCUGCUGAUUUAGGUCAGUUUGGAUUUUUUGAGAGAGGAACAAUUAAAGAAGUAAUUGUUGCAACCAGUAAAAUUUUUAUAAACCAAUUUGAUGUAAAUACAAGAACAGCUGUCCCAUAUGAAGAUUAUAUUUGUAUUAUAGAUGUUAGAAGUGAUUUUGGUGGUGUUGUAUUUACAGAUAAAGAAUAUCCAGAAAGAGUUGCUGUUAAAGCAUUAGGUGAAAUGAUGGGUGAUUAUGUUAAAAAAACUCAAGGUAUUGCUGGUGCACCCUUCCCUGAAUUAACCUAUAUUUUACAAAAAUACCAAGACCCUAAAGGUCACGAUAAAAUUUUAGAUGUUCAAAACCAAGUAAAUGAAAUUAUACCAAUUAUGCAUAAAAAUAUAGAUGUAGCUUUAGGAAAUACACAAAAAAUGGAAACUUUAUUAGAACAGUCAAAUGAUUUAAGCAGUAGAAGUAAAUUAUUUUUGAAACAAGCGAAAAAAGCAAAUCGUAGGUGCUGUAUUAUUCAAUAAAACCAAUAUGGGCUCUAUAGAUAAUAAUAAAAAAAAAAACCAAUCCAAAAAUAUAACCUUUUAAUCAUAUAAUAAAUAAAUAAAAAGUAGUGCACUUUUUUUUUUUAAAAUAAUUUUUCAUCCUC